AUGGCCAUCCUCAGUCGGUCAUUAGGAACCGACGAUGUUAAAUGUGAUAGCUGGGGCCGGAUUAUUGAGAAAACCUGCUCACCGGCUGUGAGGACGAACCAAGCAGCGCCGCCAAGGGCCACGACUGAAAUCUUUAUUCGGGACGAAGAGGAGAACAAAGAAGACGAGGGAUACAUUACGUUUGAAGAGAGCAUGCACCGGGAUGGUUCUAUCUACAGGGGCAUGGCGCGUUGUGCCUGGAGAAGAGACUUCCGUAUCGGAGACCGCAGCGAGACUCGCUUGGAGGCCACGAUGCGGUCAGAUCCCACUCCGAAUUGCACCUUCUAUCGCGACGAUGGAACUUGUUGGGGACAUCAUCCUACUAAAGGCAUGCUGCAGUUUUUCUCCUUCGAGGUGGCUAAACUACCUCCCAAUGCUGCUGGCUCGGUAGAGUUGUAUGGAUACGUAGCGACGCGGGAUGAUCUUGAUCCGUCCCUUAACUACGUUGUCAAUAUCAGCAGGGAUGAUCCCAUCGUCGUAAAGCAAGGAUCUCUCAUCGACAUGGCUGGCCCGAAGCGAGGGAUAGAGAUGGAUGACUGCACUGUAGUCGAAUACGACAUGAGGAUAAAGAACUCCGCGCAAGAAAAUGACGACCUACAGCUGAUCGAUGGCGCAUUGGUGUUAGAGUUCUACAGUACAUUACGUCGGCCAUUCACAUUAGACAUCCCCGGAGAAUGUGGCACGGUCGGCGUAACUUUAGCGAGUGUUUAUUGGGUAGUUGAGGCGACCUUAGAGCUUCUCGUACUAGAAGUGCAAACCAAUUUCAAUAUGUCUCUUACAUGUUAUACCAGUGGGGUUGAUCAGGAAAUCAGGCUCUUCGAUGGUGCCAUCGCCGAGCCGCGUGGCUUGAAGAGGUAUGUGGUUGCUGUGGCAAGCCGUUCUUUUCUAGAUUUGAAAUUCAAAAUAGGCGAACCACCAUCCAAUCCCGGCCAACAUUGGUGUUCCUUCAAGGCAAAAGUCCAUGGACAUGUUACACAAAAAAUAGAGACUGAGUUCCACUGCGACCCGGACUUCGCGCUAAUCUCAGUGAGGGUGACUUGGUCGACCUUGCCUAGCGAUUAG